CACGGUUACCGGAUGGCUAGCAGCUGAAGUGGGUCUGCGGGGGAUGGUCUCCGGGACGGGGACUGUGAGAGGGUCCUCGUCCCCCAUAGGGCAGGGAGCUGGGACAAGGCUCAGCUGCCUGUGGGGUGAGGACCGCAAGUUCCCAUCAGUUCUUUGUGUCCUCCUCACAAAUGGCUAAACCAGCCACAGGACUUUCAGUCCCUUCAUCCAGAUGGUGAACAUGGAUUUCCUGCAGUGAGAGACUGAUAGGAAAAAAUCUCACAACAGGAAGUGAACAGCAGCUGAAGACUCAAGAACAGCAACAAGUGAACUAGUCCCAGAACUGAGAGAACCCUUCUGAUCCUGAGUUUCCAUCAAUUGGGAGAAAGCUUGAGCGCCAGAAUCUGACACCUGUCCCCAAAAUGGCUGAAGGAGCGGGCAGGGAAGGAGUUCCAGUGAGCUCAACAUGGAAGGACGCUGGUCCAGACUCGGAGAUCACUGAGCUCCUGGCAGAUUGGAAUGAUUUCAAGCUGCUGCAGUUGACAGACUUCUACCGGGACAGGCUGCAACAGGCGAUGGAAGGAGGGGUGCAUGGAGUCAGCUUGGCGUUAACGUACGAGAAUCAGUUCAGUGGUCGGGAACAUCGGAAAGUUACUGAGCUCGCUGAUAAGGGAGACCGAGCGGAAAGUUCCAAACUCCUCCUGAACCUGGUGACGGAGAAAGGCUCCCAGGCCCGGAGGGUGAUGUGGGAAACCUUUGUGAAAAUGCGGAACGGGGUCCCAAAGUUGAACAAAAUACUGAAAGAAAUACAGGAAUAUGGUUGUAUUCCAUACGAUCGAGCAAGCAUCGUUCAAGAUUUACCAGGGGUGCCAAGUGAGCUGAAAGAUGUUCAGCAGCAACACAAGGAGACUCUGCGGGCACAGACUGAAACACUGAGAGUGAACACGAUCCUGAUGAAGGAGAAGGUGAAGGUUUUCCAGCUGGCUGAUCGAUACACUGAGCUCACAGUCAUUUCUACUGUUCGAGAUCGGAGACUCGUGGAAUAUGAGCUUCUGGCAAGAGGCCGGGACCAUGAACGGUGGAGAGAGAAACUUCUCCAUGGAGAGUUGGAAAAAAUCCGGACUGAUCAAUUGUUCGACAGCUGCUUUUCCCGGAGUAAAUCGAAAUCUGGGAGUUCAGCAGCAGUGGCCGGAGUCCCGGGGAUCGGGAAAACAACAAUGGUGCAAAAGAUUGUUUCUGACUGGGCCACUGGGAAAAUAUACCAACACUUCCGGUUUGUCUUCAGUUUCAAAUUCCGGGAUUUAAACUCCUUUAACUGUAGAAUAAACCUGAGGGAACUGAUUCUGGAUCAGUAUCCUUACUUUGGGAAUAUUCUGCCAGAGGUCUGGAAGAAUCCUGAGGGAUUGCUGUUUAUAUUCGAUGGUUUGGAUGGAUACAAGCACACAAUCGAUUUUGCUAACUCUCGGAGAGACACAGAACCUAAGUACAUGUGCCCAGAUCCUGAGUGCUGGUGUGAAGUGUCUGACAUUGUGUACAGUUUAAUCCAGCACAAGCUGCUCCCAGGGUGUUCUGUGCUAGUGACCACCCGUCCCACUGCGUUAGAUUUAUUGGAAAAGGCGAAGAUCAGUGUCUGGGCUGAAAUCCUUGGAUUUGUUGGUAAGGAACGGAAGCAAUAUUUCCACAGGUUUUUUGAAGAUCAAACGGUGGCAGCAGCUGUUUUCAAACACGUGGAGGAGAACGAGAUCUUGUACACCAUGAGCUACAAUCCCUCCUAUUGCUGGAUCCUCUGUCUGGCACUGGGCCCCUUCUUCACACAAAGACACAGGGACCCGCUGCGAGUUCCCAAGACCAUCACCCAACUAUAUUCCUACUAUAUUUACAACAUCCUAAAAAACCACGGCCGUGAGAUUGAAAGCCCCCGUGCUGUGUUACUGCGGGUGGGUCAGAUGGCCUUCACAGGAGUGUCUAAGAAGAAGAUUGUGUUUACAGAUGGAGAUUUGAUCAAGUACAAUCUGCAGCCUUCCCAGUUCCUGUCCGGGUUCCUGAUGGAACUUUUGGAGAGAGAGGACUGUGCCCGGAGCAUGGUGUACACAUUCACACACCUCACCAUCCAAGAGUUUGUAGCCGCACUCACACAAUUCCUGACUCCACAUCCCGGGCAUAUCCUGAAACUCCUCACCGAAGCCCACAGCAUGAAGGAUGGUCGAUUUGAGGUAUUUCUCCGUUUUGUUGCUGGUCUCUCCUCCCCAGUGUCAUCUCGGCGGCUGGAGGAGUUCCUGGGCCCAUUUCCUCAUCAAACAACCUGCCGAGUGAUUGACUGGGUGAAAGAGGAGGUGAAACGUCAGAUUGGAAAUACAGGGAGUGAAGCUGGUAAAAGGAGCCUCCUGAACACACUGCACUACCUGUUUGAGUCUCAGAACCGUGGACUGGCUCAGACCGCACUGGGAUCUGUGGAAAUACUUUCAUUCAGUGAAUUACGACUGACCCCGAUUGACUGCGCCGUCCUGUGCCAUGUCAUUGGGCUCUGUGAUACAAUAAAACACCUCGAUCUGUGGAGCUGCUGCAUUCAGUGUGAAGGAAUCCAGCGGCUGGGACCCGGGAUUCUCAAAUGCCAGGUGUUGGGACUGGGGAGCAAUGACCUGGGAGAUUCGGGAGUGAAACUGGUGUCUGUGACUCUGCGGAACCCGGAGUGUAAAAUACAGGAACUGCGGCUCGGGAGAAACAGUCUCUCAGAUUCUGGUGCCGAGGAUCUCGCCUCCUCUCUCAGUACAAACCGCUCACUGAAGGAGCUGGACCUGAGUUACAACAACCUGGGAGAUUCAGGAGUGAAACUGGUGUCUGCAGCUCUGAUGGACCCGGCGUGUAAACUACAGAAACUGUGGCUGCGGCGUGUCGGUCUCAAAGAUUCUGGAGCCAAGGAUCUCGCCUCCGCUCUCAGUACAAACCGCUCACUGACGGAGCUGGACCUGACUGAUAAUAAACUGGGAGAUUCGGGAGUGAGACUGGUGUCUGCCGCUCUGGGUGACCUGGAAUGUAAAAUACAGAGACUGCGGCUGAGAGGUGUCGAUCUCACAGAUUCUGGUGCCGAGGAUCUCGUCUCCACUCUCAGGACAAACGGCUCACUGACGGGGCUGGAGAUGGAAUUUAACUCCCUCACAGACCGAUCUGUCCCCGCUCUCCGCCGCCUCAUCCUGACCCUCUCGAGUCUGGAGCGGAUCGUGCUGGAGGGGAAUCAGUUCAGUUCAGAUGGACGGAAUCAGCUGAAGUCUCUGCAGGGAACCAGACGCAGACUGUGGGUGGAGGUGUGA